CUGGCAUGUCACCUUAAAGCCUCCUCAAGAUGAAAGAAAAAAGGAAACAAUCAAAUGACGCUUCAGGUAUGGCUCCAGUAGAAGAAGAGUCUUUUACAGAUUUGACGAAAAAUGACCUAUUGUCAUUGAAAGCUAACAGGACAAAGAUAAGAUAUGCCAAUACAUACAGACUGGAGCCAUAUAAUAAAUUUCAGGAUUAUGUAGUAAGAAAGAAAGCUCAAGAGAUACUAACGAAUAAACUUCAAGAAACCAAAUAUGAUGGAGUUUCAAGUCCCUCCCUGUGUGCUUCAAUCUCUGAAGAAAUACUAACAGCUAUGAAGGAAUUGGGUUAUGACCGUUACAAGUACGUCGUGUCCGUUCUAAUUGUGGAAAAGGCAGGUCAGGCAAUAAAUGUUGCCAGCAGAUGGGUCUGGGAUGUUCAGAGAGACACCUGGGUUUCAGCUAAAUGUGAAACUGAAACCUUUAUUGCACUGGCUUUGAUAAUGGCUUGUUAUUAUGAGUAAUAUUCUAAAAGUCAUUCCUAUUUUUGAGCACCACAGUACUUGGUAUAUUUGAAAAUAUUCAAAACAUCAUU